GCGUCGUCUGCUGCCAACAAAUAUAAGUGAAAGGAAGGGGGAAGAUUGAACGAAGAAGGGAGAGGAGGGUUUGCUUCGGCCUCGUCUCGGGAGGGAUCGGAUCCAUCGAUUCCCGAUGGCGGCGUCGCUGCUGGGGGAGGACGGCCGGGGCUACGAGCUCGCGCGGCGGCUCGAGGGCUGCGGCGCGUGGCGUGCGUGGCUGGGCGACGCCGCCUACUCCGCCUUCGCCCACAACCUUGCCUCCCCCGCCGCCUGGGACGCCUUCAUCUCCCCUUCGCCUUCCCCCUCUCGGGCCCACCUCCACCUACAGCUCCGCGUCCGCGCCCUCCUCUUCGACAAGGCCUCCGCCGCCCUCUUCCUCCGCCCAGCCCCCGCCGCCGGAAACAGCGCCCCUUCCCUCGCCGACCUCAACCCCGAUUAUCUGCAGUUGCAUGGGGAUGAUAUUUAUUACUCAUUGGAAGAUGAUCAACAAGAUGGUGUUCAACAUGAAAUUCAAAUUAAAACAGCUUUCACCACCAGCAAAGUGAAUGAGCAUUCAUAUGAGAGGUCUUCUAAUAGUGGGCCAAAGUACCAUGAAGGCGACAAUAUAAAUUCGUUCCCAAGGCAUAGGCUUGAGGAUCGCCUUGAUACAUGGUAUAGCCAAUUUCUUCGUGAGUACCGAAUGAGACAUCAUACAUUCCCGUAUUGUGACAAGGAACCACAGAAGAGAACAUCCGAGGGAAUGUCUAUGUUCCUCAAGCUAUGUGAUACACAUAAAAGGAAGAGACAAACAUUUAAAGGGGAUCAGAAUGUGGCUACUGGGGUUCCUAUGGCAGAAAAUGGAUCUUCUAUGCAUUCAAAGAGUGCUUCUAAUUUAACUAACUUGACUGAUGAAGACUAUACCUUUUUUCCAGAAAUAAUGUUCCCUUCUAAUUGUGUACCUGAUAGUGCUAUCCCACCAAGCAAUGGCACAGAGAAGAAUCAGAAUAUUGAAGUUCGUGAGGUUCUUGAUAAUUUGCCUACCAUAAUAAGCCGGAGCCCGGCGAUGAUUGAAAGGUUUGGCAUCAUGCCUGAAUAUCAUAAGGUUGGAGGUAAAUAUAGGGGAAAAGAUGGUUCUGGAACGGAGAAAAAACCACUUGGUCCUGAGGAAGCAUCCAAGAUGACUCGCAAGGUAGUAGCGAGUACAUUGGCAAAGGUGGGUUUUGAAGGUGGAUCUGAAUUCUCGGUGGAAAUUUUCUCAGAAAUUUUGAGUAGUCAUAUCUGUAAAUUAGGCCGCAGCUUGAAGCUUUUGAGUGAUAGCUACAGAAGGCAGUUCUCAUCAAUUGAGCUCCUCAAGAUGUUUUUGCAAACUGCAGGAUAUAGCAGUAACCUUGGAAUCUUAUCAGAAGUUAUUAAGGAUGGUAAUAAGGGCUUCACUCAGCAUGCACAUCAAAAUGUUCGUGUGAUGCAAUCACCACAACAGAACAUGAUUUUGCAAGCUCAACAAAUCCAGAGACAAAUGCAAAUGCAACAGAUGCAGUUGCUUCAUCCUCAGAACUUAGCAUUUCAACAGCAGCAGCAAUGGGACAAAUUACGCCGCCGUCAAGUAGCCACUCCUCGUGGAUCUAUGGUCAUCAUGGACAAAGAUCAACCCAUGGUGGAUGUCAAGUUAGAAAACAUGACGGAAUCUCCAAUGGAGAGCAUGUUCAGCACACUUAAUAAACAACAACAGUUACAAUUACGACACCAGAUAUCUAUGUCAAAUCAGCAUGCUCAAUCAGGCCAGCAGUUUAAACAAAUGUCUAAUGUCCAACUUCCUCAACUACAAGCACAGAAUGCGUAUAGCAUGAGAACACAACCAGUGAAAGUAGAGGCCUCCUUUCAUGAAUUGAUGGGUGGAGAUUCAACAAUAAAACAUGAACCUGAGCACAAUAAACUAACAUCACCUCAACAAUAGAGACCUUCACUAUUGGUGGUUAUUUAGGAACUUAUCAUGGUUACUGUCAUUGUGCAUAUUAUUGUGUUGUCUAUUUUGAUUCUAGUCAUGUACACAUCCUACGAAGAGGACAAAAUAGGAUUAGAUCGUUGUGUAAUCCUGAACAUUGCAAAGGGCUAGUGGAAGCAUCAGAAAAUACUGGAUCCCAUCACCAGAACGACUCUCCUUCCUGAGAAUUAUGUAAUGCUGACCAUUGCAGAGGGCUAGUGGAGAGCAUCAGAAAAUACCGGAACCCAUCACCAAAAUGACUCUCCUUCCCUAAGAAUAGCUCAAUUGGGGCAAACACAAAAGUGACUGUGUUUGUUUUUGGAGGCAUCCAAAAAUUGCAAGACACUUGUUCUUUCAACAGAUAGCGCUAUCUACAUGUUUCCCUGUUACAUCUAGAAGCAUCAACUUCUGUAUUUAUAUCUCAUUAGUUAUUGCUUGUACCAAUGGAGAAACUAAACACAUUUAAAAUCAUGUGAUUCUUAUUCUUGGUUGCUGUA